AGGUGUUGCAGACAGAGAGCGAAAGGCAGAGCAAGAGAAAAUGUCAGGAAGAGGCAAGGGAGGUAAAGGAUUGGGAAAGGGAGGAGCGAAGAGGCAUCGUAAGGUGCUAAGAGAUAACAUUCAGGGCAUCACCAAACCUGCUAUUCGUCGUCUCGCGAGGCGUGGAGGUGUCAAACGUAUCAGUGGCUUGAUCUAUGAAGAGACCCGUGGAGUUCUCAAGAUCUUUCUCGAGAACGUUAUCCGUGAUGCAGUUACUUACACGGAGCAUGCUCGCAGGAAGACGGUGACCGCCAUGGAUGUGGUUUAUGCUCUCAAGAGGCAAGGCAGGACUCUCUACGGGUUUGGGGGUUAGGUUGGUUAUUGAAAUUAGGGUUUUAUCUAGUUGCUGUAAAUUGUUCUCUCAUAGUUUAGGUAUAGAUUUAGGUAUUGGGGGGCUAUGGUUUCUUGUGGAUGUUUUUGGGCUUUAAUUUUAGCUCUGCUUCUGUUUGUGUUUCCUUAUUUGGGUUAGUUAGUUGCCGAAAGAAAUGUGAAUCUCUCAGAUUUCUUAUCAGGAUUGUAGCCAAAUUAAUU